GAUCCUUCCGUUAUAUGUUCUCUUGUUUUGCCUUGGUAUUGUGAAGCACAGCCCCAUUUUCAGUUUCUUCACAAGAGUUUUCUUUCCUUAGAGAAAAAGAAGAGAGUUUAGGGUUUAUAUAUAGAGGAAGAAGAUGUCUGGAGGUAUAGCAAGAGGUCGAUUAACAGAAGAACGAAAAGCUUGGCGGAAGAAUCAUCCUCAUGGUUUUGUUGCUAAACCAGAGACUGGUCCAGAUGGUUCUGUUAAUCUCAUGACAUGGCAGUGCACAAUCCCUGGUAAACCUGGGACUGACUGGGAAGGUGGCUAUUUCCCACUUGCUCUCCACUUCAGUGAAGACUACCCUAGCAAGCCACCAAAAUGCAAGUUUCCUCCAAAUUUUUUCCACCCAAACGUCUACCCUUCUGGAACAGUGUGCCUAUCCAUACUAAACGAGGACAGUGGUUGGAGACCAGCCAUUACUGUGAAGCAAAUUCUUGUAGGUAUACAAGAUUUGCUGGACCAGCCUAAUCCGGCUGAUCCUGCUCAGACGGAUGGAUAUCACCUCUUCAUCCAGGAACCUGCGGAGUACAAGAGAAGGGUUAAGCAGCAGGCCAAACAAUACCCAGCACUGCUAAUGUGACAAUGCUAUCCCGGUGGUACGCCUGUCCCUUACACCUCCUCUGUGUAGGUUGCAUGGUUGUGCUGUCUCUGGUGGAUAUCACCUGUAGGGUAGAUGUGGCAAAAAUUAUGAUACUAUUGAACUAAGAACUCAAAAACAACUCCGCUUGUCAAGUGUCCAUUUUGUGGAGAUGUUCACUACUAUAAUCUAAUUCUGUUGGUGGUUUGACUACAUAACAAUAUAUAGUUAUUGUCUCUUGGUUUUCUCAGAUUUCACGAGCAGCCUAAGAAUGGGUUGUUAUUCCGUUUAUUUGAAUUUUACUUUAUAAAGAUUGGGUUUUGUGCUACUUGUGGUGUAUGUUUAUUCAAAUUUAACAUCCA